AUGAACCUAGCAUUAGCCAUAACGAUCAGUACACUCCUAGCCUUAUUACUAAUAAUUAUCACAUUCUGACUACCACAACUCAACACCUACAUAGAAAAAUCUAACCCCUACGAAUGCGGAUUUGACCCACUGUCCCCCGCCCGUAUCCCAUUCUCCAUAAAAUUCUUUCUCGUCGCAAUCACUUUCCUGCUAUUCGACCUAGAAAUCGCUCUACUACUGCCUCUACCAUGAGCCCUCCAAACAACAAACCCGUCACUAACGAUCACGUCGUCACUCACAUUAAUUAUCAUUCUAAUCCUAAGUCUGGCUUACGAAUGAUCACAAAAAGGACUAGACUGGGUCGAAU